CGAUUCCUGCUUUCUGAUUUUAAUACACAGGGGCUUUUUCUCUCCUGCAGUUGUCGCAAGUUCCAGUUACUUUAAUUCUCGCGUCCACAUUUCGAUAUCCGUGUCUCCGCCGCUCUCAAGACCCAGCACCAUCAACGCCAACUUUAUUGUCGCUACGCCCAAUCACAAACACGCUCCGUCCAUUGACAAUGGCACCGCAGCCCACUGUCCUAGUCCUCGGAGGAGUUGGCUUCAUCGGCCGAAACUUUGUCGCACAUCUUGUCGAGAACGGUCUUGCGGCGGAAAUCCGUGUCAUUGACAAGGCCCUCCCUCAAACUGCGUACCUCAACAAGCGCUUCCAGGCUGCAUUUAAGGAAGUAGAAUUCAUGCAGAACGAUCUCUCGAGCACAAUCCCUCCCGAAAAGUUUGAAAAGAUCUACACGCGAUCCGAUGGAUCCUCGUUCGACUACGUGAUCAACUUCGCAGCCGAGACCAAAUUUUCGCAGCAUGCGGACAUCUAUGAAGAUCGAAUCUACAAGUUGUCCCUCAACUGCGCAGAGGAGGCUGUCAAGAGGAAGGUCAAAGUCUUUGUGCAGUUGUCUACGGGAGACAUCUACGAGAGCAAUGGGACCGCAAGUAAAGAGGAUUCAAAGACAAAGCCAUGGAACGUUUUGGCUCAGUACAAGUUAAAGGUGGACAAGGCACUGCAGGAUAUGCCGGGAUUGAAUUUGGUGAUCCUGCGCCCUGCGGUCGUCUAUGGUAUUGGAGCGAUGGGAGGCCUCACACCGCGUUUGAUCUGCGGCCGCGUGUAUCAGCACACGAAAGAGAAGAUGGAAUUCUUGUGGACAGAGGACCUGAGGCUCAACACCGUGCACGUUGAGGACGUCAUACGCGCAGUUUGGCACACCGCUAACUGGUAUGUGAGCUCGGAUAACCCCAACCAUGGCGCACCCGUCAUCUUCAACCUCGCCGACGAGAACGACACGAAUCAAGAGGCAAUCAAUACACACAUAAGGUCCAUCUUUGGUAUCGAAACUGGAUUCAAGGGAGCUGUCUUUUCGAGCGUCGCCUCUACGUAUGACAUGAAGGAGGUCACCGACGAGACGAAUGAUAUGCACUUGCAGCCAUGGUCCGAUUUGCUUAAAGCCCAUCAGAUCAAGGCCUCUCCAUUGACGCCGUAUCUGGAUCAAGAACUGCUUUGCAAUAAUGAACUCUCGCUCGACGGCACAAAGAUCUGUACUACAACAGGAUUCAAGUACGAGCAUCCAAAGGUGACAACGGAGAGUCUUCGCGAAAUCAUCACGGAUUUUCAGGAGAUGGGUAUCUGGCCAAAGGACUAGCGAUUUUUUUUUCUUUGGGGCAAGGAGGCA